GUCAUAGUUUAACUGUACAGCUGCAUCAUAGACCAAAGACGGCUAUACAGUCGGGAGAGUAAACUCUAACACCAUGAAUUCAAAGCAGUCGACUUCCUUGACACUGCAACCUGUUAACAAGCAUCAUGGUGAACUGCUGUGGUCUGCUUACUGCACAAAAGGAACCAGUUCCUUUGAAGAGUGUGGAUGUGGAGCUGGAGGUGAGGGACCAUGUGGCUACUGUUGUCUCCACUCUGAACUACGAGAACAAGGAAGACAAACCACUAGAGGCUGUUUUUGUGUUCCCUCUGCCUGGAGAUGCUGCUGUCUGUCAUUUUAGCGCUAAGCUCAGACAGACGCAGAUUGUUGCUGAGGUCAAAGAGAAACAGAAGGCGCGUGAGGACUAUGAUGAUGCUUUGAGCUCGGGUCAACAGGCCUUCCUGUUGGAGGAGAGUGAGCAAAGUCCAGAUAUAUUCUCUAUGAGUGUGGGCUGUCUUCCACCAGGAGAGAGUGCCUCAAUCAGACUGGAGUAUGUCACUGAGCUAAGUGUGCAGGCUGAUGAUGGGCUGAGGUUCUGUCUUCCUGCUGUGCUCAACCCUCGUUACCAACCUCAAGGAAGUGGAGGUAGUGGAAGUGGCAACGCCCAAGUAACCUCAACUCCAGCAUCUUUGGUGCCCUACACUCUGACUUUCUCUGCCCAAGUAUCCUCUCCUCGCCCUGUGUCCAGAAUAGAGUCCAGCUGUUCCCUUGAUCCUCUUCAGUACCUCAAUUCAGAGCAAACCAAAGCCACGAUCAAGUUGGCUGCUGGACACAAGUUUGACAGGGAUGUUGAACUUCUGAUUUAUUACAAAGAUGCCCACCAGCCCACCGCUGUGGUGGAGACAGGAGAAGCUACUGCAAAGCUUGGCACUCUGAUGGGUGAUCCAGUGGUGAUGCUGAGUCUGUACCCAGAGUUCCCUCAGGCUGUGAUGUCUUCAGUCGCCUCAUGUGGAGAGUUUGUGUUCUUGCUGGAUCGAUCUGGUAGUAUGGGUGCACCUAUGAACAACAGCAAGACUGACCAGACUCGCAUUAGCAGCGCCAGGGAUACUCUACUUCUCCUGUUGAAGAGCUUACCAAUGGGCUGCUAUUUCAAUAUCUACAGUUUUGGUUCCUCCUAUGAACACAUCUUCCCUAAGAGUGUGGAGUACAGCCAGCAGACUAUGGAAGAAGCUUUGAAGAAAGUUGGGGAGAUGGAGUCUAAUCUGGGAGGAACAGAGAUCCUAAGGCCACUUGAACACAUUUACAACCAGCCCUGCAUUCAAAAUCAACCAAGACAAGUAUUUGUCUUUACUGACGGAGAAGUGGGGAACACCAAACAAGUUAUAGACCUGGCAAAGAAGAAUUCACAUGCCCACAGAUGUUUCUCUUUUGGGAUUGGAGAAGGGGCCAGCUCUGCUCUAAUCAAUGGGCUGGCCAAGGAAGGAGGAGGUCAUGCUCAGUUCAUUACAGGGACUGACAGAAUGCAACCCAAAGUGAUGCAAUCCUUGCGAUAUGCUCUGCAACCAGCUGUGGUGGACAUCUCAGUCACAUGGGAUAUGCCAAAGGAUGUGUCUGUCACUGUCCUCUCUCCACCAAUCACAGCACUUUUCCAGGGUCAAAGGUCGCUGGUUUAUGCUAGACUCUCUGGACAGAUUUCAGAGGCAGCAGAGGGAUGUGUUACAGUGAAAUACAGCCUGGCAGGUCAUCCCUCACAGAACCAGCUUCAGUUCAGUCUGAAACCUGCAGAGAAUACUGGAUUAACAGUCCACAGGUUGGCUGCUAGGACUCUGAUUCGCUGCCUGGAGAUGGAGGAGAGAGAGCCCGGACAACAGCAGGACGACAGUGUGAGGAAGAAGGUGGUGGAGCUCAGUGUGCAAUCUGGAGUGAGCAGUGCCUUCACUGCCUUUAUCGCUGUCAACAAAGACAGUGGAGAGGCAAUACAGGGACCACUGGUGCGAAGAAAUGUUCCAACGGCCAGGUUGAUGGCCUGUUCAAUGCCCUAUUCUUUGUCUUUAUGUUCAGCUCAGCCCAGUUUUAAAACAAGCAUGAUGUUGGGAAGUGCUGGGUCAUCCGCUCCCAACAGCGUACAGUAUGGAAUGAAUAGUAUGGAUCUUCAAUCAGGUGGGUACUUUGCAAAGUCAACAUCGGCAUCUUUUAGCAGAGGGUUGUUUGGUUCCAAGUCAAAGAAGACGGUGAAGUUGUCAGGAACUAGGCCCUUUGAUAUUGGGUUGACGCCCUGUUCAAUGUCCAUUUCUUUGCCUUCAUAUUCAGCUCAGCCCCAUUGUCGAAAAAUUAGGGAAUGUUGUGAUUCAAUGUCAUCUGGUCCCGACUCCGUAGAAACGGAUGGUAUGGAUCUUCAAUCAGCAAAGCCAACAUCGAAAUCUUUUAUUGGAGGGUUGUUUGGUUUCAAGGCAAAGAAGACGGUGAAGUUGUCAGGAACUAGGCCAUUUGAUUCUGGAGAGUGCAGGCCCUGUCAGCCCCCCAUGGACCCUUUGCUCCAGGUGGUCUCCCUUCAGAAGGCGUCUGGCUGCUGGGACCUAGCUCCAGCUCUGGCUACGGCUCUUGGAAAGACCAGUGAAGAGAUGGAAAAGCCAAAGCCUGCAUCGGUGAACCAGGAAGUAUGGGCCACCAUUCUGUCUCUUAUCUGGCUUCAUGGUUUCAAGAUGGACUCCCAGGAAGAGUGGGAGCUUCUGGCUAUGAAAGCUGUGUCAUGGGUCCGUGCACAGAACUCACCAUGUGUGAACGAGUGCGUGGAAGCUGGAAAUGCACUUUUGGGAUGUAAAGUACAGAAAGAUGCCUUGGGGCUCUGAGGUUUUCAAAACUGGCUUCAAGACUGACGCUGAUAAGGAAUUAAAUCAUGUCACACUUGCAAACAAACCAAUUCUGCAGCUUGCACUUAAUCAAAAUCGCACUAUGACAGCUGUGCACCUAUAAGUACAAUGUGCACUAUAUCACUUAAUUUACAAGGGGUCAGGAUCUUCUUCUUGCUUGGUCAAAUUUUCUGCUUUUAGAGUUUCUGGAAAGUCAGACUUGUCAUACAUCAAUUAACCCAAAAAAAUCAAAGACUAAGUGAAUGAGCAAAUAAAGGCUUCAGGCCUUCCCCAGCCCCCUGUCCUCCAUCCAUCACUCUUUCUUUUCCUUACAAAACCAACAAAAAGACACUGCUUUUCAGAGCUGCAAGCUCUACAACUCCUAGUUACCAUUAUUUGAAUGGAAAUGGAAACAGAAGUUGAUCAGCUCUAGACUAAUACAAGGUACAUUGUUGAACUUCAGCUUAUUGGAUGGAAUGCCGUUAAACAAGAUGGAAAAAGCAACUGACGUAUUUUAUUCAACUUUGCUUCUCUGUUGUGAACAGCGACCUAACAAUGCAUGAACUGUAAACUUGUAUACAUGUUUUAGUGAAAAGUGACAUUGAAAAUAAAGGAUGAGAAAAAGGUUUGGAUACAGAAAUUGUUAAAUAAGCUUGGCAACACAAUCACAGCCUGAGUCAGGGAGAGGUUGGUAUAAACAAAGACCAUUAUAAAAUGCAUUCCUCAAUGCCUGUAGGGAGGAACCUGAAGUGUGAGGGAACUAUGUCACCAAACCACAUCAUUUUCUGUAAGCAAGCAGAAGGUGAGGUUAGUGUGCUUCCUGUUUGUCUGCAGUGGUAAACUAGUUUACCUUUGCACAAACACUUUUUACAAAUUAUUUUUGUUUUUGAUGUUUAUAUUGGAGGAAAAUAUUCAGAAGAUUUGUUAUUUAAAAUAUAUGUAUGUUCUGAAGGGUAAAAUAUGCAGCCUUACAAAAACACAAGUUUCCAAGUUCAGCACAAUAAAAGUUUUAAUUGCUCA